GCAACUGCACCAUAGACCAUCGAAUUUCCCUUUUCUCGUUUAUCCUGCAAUAAGUUUCGGGAAAAAAAGUCGAAAGCGAGAAAAAAAAACCUGUGCGGGGGAAAAGACGGAGAGCAAUGAGAAAGGGAAAGGACCUGGUCACAAAAAGCCGGUCAAGGCGAUAGAAAGACACACUACUUUGGUAUUUUUCUUUCUACAUCGGCUCCCACAUAAACUAACAUAGCAUUGUCACUUGUAAUCUAGCUGCUAAAGAAGCAUUGUUAGGACCGUCUUAUCCCACAACAGUGCAACGAAAAGUUCGUCUCCAUUUAUUGUUUUAUAGCACAAUUUCUUUCAUUCUAAGGAUCGGAAAUCGUUCUGAAAGCAAUGAAAAGGCAAAUUGGCGAUUUAAACGUGUCUGUUCCAUCGCAUCGACCUGGUGGUGAAAUGGUCGACACCGGUGGCAAUUGCGUUCAAUUGGGAGUCAUGGUCCGUGAUGCGGUAAAAUCCUAUGGUGUUGGAAGUCGUCGAGCUACAGUACUUCAAGGAUUAAACAUGAGCGUUAAAAGAGGAUCAAUAUACGGACUACUAGGGGCCAGUGGUUGCGGUAAAACGACCCUGUUGAGUUGUCUAGUGGGUCGUCGUAGCUUGAAUAGCGGGGAAAUCCUGGUGCUUGGCAACGAACCUGGCGCUCCCGACAGCGGAAUUCCCGGCCCAAAGGUCGGCUACAUGCCGCAAGAAUUGGCCCUUUAUAGCCAUUUUACGAUCAAAGAGACGCUUCAGUAUUUCGGACGCAUCUAUAAUCUGGAAAUGAGUUUUGUCGACGCCCAGGUUGAAUUUUUGGUGAAAUUAUUAGACCUGCCAUCAAGCGAUCGCUAUGUUAUGGCGUUGAGUGGAGGUCAACAGCGACGUGUUUCGUUUGCCGUUGCCAUAUUUCACGAACCUGAACUGCUCAUCUUGGAUGAGCCAACGGUUGGUGUUGAUCCAGUCCUCAGGCACAGCAUCUGGAAGCAUCUCAUCAGCCAGAGUGUCGACCAUUCAAGAACAAUUAUUGUUACCACUCACUACAUCGAAGAAGCUCGACAAGCUAAUAUGAUUGGAUUGAUGCGUUCUGGUCGUUUGCUGGCGGAAGAUUCGCCCGAUAAUCUACUAAUAAAUUACAAUCUCUCAUCGUUAGAGGAUGUAUUCCUAAAGCUUUGCAUGAAGGAUGAAGGUAACAAUCAAGAGCAACAACAACCUAAAAUUUUGGAACGCACCGUAAGUUCCAGUAGUAUGCGCCGCAAUGUAGCUCGGCCGAAACAACCAUCUACAGGCCAUGAUAACAUGGCUUUUGAUCGAGGAACCAGUCAGUCUGAUAUUUCUGAAAUCGGCGUGGACUGUCAGGAUCUCAGGAACACUCGUGUAUCUCAAGUUACCACAGCCGAUUGCAACGCGAAUGUAACUACCAACAUUGGUACAAUUCCCUCGGUAGCAACCUAUGCCAGCCAGACGUACAGCGCCCCUGCAAACAAAAAGGCAGCUGGUAAACGAAAAAACCAAAUGUUCAGAAUGACUCUGCCUUCUAUGCGCCGUCUUUACGGACUUCUUCACAAAAAUUACAUGAUGAUGUUUCGGAAUCUCGGCAUCUUUUUUUUUCUCUACUUUCUACCGGCAUUUCAAGCAACUAUCUUUAAUGUGACUCUUGGACGCGAGCCGAAGGGAUUGAAGAUGGGCAUCGUCAAUGACGAGGUAGAUGCGAGUCAAGGCCGUGUUUGCAAUUACACGACAGAUUGCACAUAUUCUAUGCUAAGUUGUCGCUAUCUCCGAUACAUAAAAGACAACAUUAUUCAGAUUCCGUACGAUAACGUAGCAGACGCUCUUCAAGCAGGAAAAGACAAUGAAGUCUGGGGUUUCUUACAUUUCGGACACAACUUUACGGAGGAAUUUGAGCUGCGGCAAACUGAUGGGGAUUCAGCGAAUCUAGAAAACAUUAUUCGCAGUAGAAUCAAUGUCAAAAUGGACUCCACAAAUCAACAAAUUGAUGUCUUCAUUGAAAAGUGGCUUUUGGAAGGCUUUGGAGAUUUCUUCAAAGAUUUUAUGGUAGCUUGCGGAAAUCAGCCAGAAGCGGGUUACCUCCCAGUCGUGUUCGAAGACCCAAUCUAUGGAAACAAAGAAACCCCGUAUACCGAAUUCAUGUCUGCUGGCCUCAUUAUCUCGGUUAUUUAUUUCAUGGGAGUGUCACUAACUGCUGGCGUCUUCGUCGCGGAAAGAAAACAAGGUCUUCUUGACCGAAGCUUAGUGGCUGGCGUGCAGAUGAUUGAAAUUUUGAUGGGAUAUUUGAUCAACCAAUUUACCGUAAUGGUUGGUCAGACGGCACUGGUUUUCAUAAUUAUGUUACUGGUCUUUGACACCCCUUGUCAUGGGAACUUGGCUUUAGCUGUAUUUGUUACCUUUCUCCAAGGUUUCGUCGGAAUGUGUUUUGGUUUACUGAUUGCCACUAUGUGCGAAGACGAAAUAAGUGCUUUGUGCCUUUCCAUGUCCAGUUUUCUCCCAGCUUUAGUUGUCAGUGGGAUCUGUUGGCCGAUUGAAGGAAUGCCGUUCUAUUUACGAAACAUCGCUUAUUCUAUGCCGAUGACGUAUGCCGUCGAAUCUCUGAGAUGUAUUUUCACACGAGGAUGGGGUGUUGAACAUCUUGACGUAGCAGCGGGAAUCUUAAUAAGCUUUGCUUGGAUUUUUGGUUUGCUAAUUGUAAGUAUAGUGAUUGUACGCUUCCGCAAGUAUACAAGUUAGACGUUAUUGAUCUGAAUUAAGAAAUUCCCCAUGAUUGCCGGUUUUUGUACAUAGCCGACAUAGCCCCCCUAAACAAUCUUACAUACAUUUUUUCGUCAGAGAAAUAGCGAGGCGGGUUGCACUUCACGUUAUAGACAGUAUUUUUCAAUUGCAUUUAGAAUUGGGAAACAUGGCUAAAAGUUUUGCGUUCAAAUUUUUUACGCAAUAUUAGUUCUUGUAUCACCUAUCUCUCGGUUUUCCAUUUCACCUGUGUUUAUAUUUCAGCCACAGUAUUUGUGCCAUUUUAUCUGUUGAAUUAAUAUGAAAUUCUAAAGAUACUAUAAUCCUAUAGGGAAACUGGGCAUACAUGCCCUUAGUGUUAUAGAUAUAUUAAUUUCUGAAUAUUCCAAGUUUAAGUAAGUCGUUUAGCAAUAUUCGUCAGGCUAAUUUAAUACAACGGUGUUGAAAGUC